CCUUCCUACCUCAUCAUGAGUGGCACCGGCCCUGGCGAGUCGGACACCAACUAUGUUCCUCUAGUUCCUUACAAUGGAACUACUGCCACUGGCGGUGACUCGCUGAAGGACAAUCUGAAUGUCUUCUACGAGGUGCGCAGCUAUGCGAAGCCANGCGGUGACAUUGGCUACAUGAUUCUCUGUACCGCCUUGGUCUUCCUGAUGAUCCCAGGUGUAGGAUUCUUCUACUCUGGGCUUGCAAGACGCAAGUCGGCCCUAUCUCUCAUUUGGCUCUCGAUCAUGGCCACCGCCGUCGUCUCAUUCCAGUGGUUCUUCUGGGGCUACUCGCUUGCUUUCUCCCACCAAGCCGGCAAGUUCAUCGGCGCCCUUGACAACUUCGGCUUCAUGAAUGUGCUUGCUCAGCCCUCGGUGGGUAGCUCGAGAAUCCCGGAUCUCCUGUAUGCAGUGUACCAGGGAAUGUUUGCAGCCAUUACUGCAGUGNUUGCUCUUGCUGUCGGCGCUGUCGCUGAGCGCGGUCGUCUCUUCCCAUGUGUCAUUUUCAUGUUCAUUUGGACCACUAUCAUUUACGAUCCAAUUGCUUGCUGGACUUGGAACCCUUCAGGCUGGCUCUACAUUCUUGGCGGCCUGGAUUUCGCAGGUGGUACGGCAGUUCACAUCGCUUCAGGUUGCGCAGCACUGGCGUAUUCGUUUGUGUUGGGUCACCGCAAGGGUCAUGGUACCCAUGAACUCAACUACCGCCCUCACAAUGUGACACAUAUUGUUAUCGGUACAGUCUUUCUCUGGUUCGGCUGGGUUGGAUUCAACGCAGGCUCAGCACUCUCGGCCAAUAUCCGUGCCGUAAUGGCGCUUGUCGUCACAAAUCUCGCUGCUUCGGUUGGUGGCAUCACUUGGUGUCUGUUAGAUUAUCGUCUUGAGCGUAAGUGGUCGACUGUUGGAUUUUGCAGUGGCGUUGUAGCUGGACUGGUCGCAAUCACUCCUGGUUCUGGAUAUGUCCCUGCUUGGUCAGCCGUUGUAUACGGCGUGGUUGCUGGCAUAGGAUGCAACUAUGCAACCAAGCUGAAGUAUCUAAUCAACUGCGAUGACGCCCUGGACAUCUUUGCAGUGCAUGCUGUUGGAGGUCUGAUUGGGAACCUCCUUACCGCUCUGUUUGCUGCCUCAUGCACUGAUGGAAACAAAAUAGCGNACUACAUUGCUCACCUUGAUGGGGUUACUGUCAUCCCUGGUGGUUGGCUCAACCACAACUACCGUCAGCUCGGUCUCCAGUUGGCUGGCUCAGCCGCAGGCGGUGGCUACUCAUUUGUCGGGUCCUUUGUCAUUCUCUACACCAUGGACUUCAUCGGCAAGUAUUUGACCGUGUUCAGACUACGUGCUACCCCUGAAGAAGAGGACUUGGGUAUCGAUGAUGUUGAAAUUGGCGAGUUUGCGGCAUCAAGCCCCACUGAUGGUAGUAUGCCGGUUGAGCGCUUCGGCGAGGGCAUGGCAUACGGGCAGCACACACCUCUUGGAGGCAACCCUCCCCCUGUGAGCCACAUAGCUGGAUCUGUCGUCCCUGCUGGAACCUUUGUGUAG